AUGGGAAUCACCUCACACUUGCGCGACACGGCCCAUACCAUCCUAGAACGGAGGAUCUCGGGAUUGCUUUUCAUCGGGCAGUUCGAAGUGAGGGUCAAAAGGAAGCAAGCUACCCGAAAAGCCCUCUUCAAGAGCAUAGACAAGAAUCUCUUGGGGGCCUUUCAUUGGAGGGAAGAAGACAAGGCUGCGUUUGCCACUUACGUGGAUUCGAAUGGUUGGACCGUCGUUCGUUCCCUAACUGAGCCGGAAUUGCAGAUCGCAAGAAAAUGCCAAGAAGGUGACAUCGUCGUCACGACAGACAGUGAUCUGCUUGCAUACAAGAGUGUUAAGACCAUUUGGAGGACAAUUUCGAGCUAUAACAUCCUUGAAUAUGAUUUGGAUGAUAUACUCAAGCAUCUCGAGCCCUCCAGAGCACAGCUCACGGCCUUGGGGGUUGAUAGCAGUAUCAUGCGUCGAAAUAAGGGUGUGCGCACCUAUGCAGUCCCACUGAAGAAACUUCGUGCCAUGUUCGAAAAGAACAAGGAGCUUCGUCAGCAAAGGGUUAAGGCCAGUGCUGGAGCGGGCUCAGCUGGCUCUGGGGACCAUCAAUCCAGGUUCCGGGGCCAUCCCAAGCAAGCUUACAACCGUUUCCAGGCUACGGAGCCCCGAACACAGCGACCACGGUAUUCGUUCAAGACGCGCGAGCGUAUUAUCAAGCACGCGUCGCCAGAAUAGAUGAAGAAGUAUACAUGGAAAAAGUGGAAAGUGGAACCUCCUCCUUUGCCCUCUGCC